AAAAUUGAAAUCUCAACUGUUUGGUUUCCUUCACUUCCUUUUCCAUUUGAUUUUCCCCCACUUUUUCUCUCCCUCCAAACAGCUACGGAGUUUCUGUCGAGCUUCGAGUGAAAUGGAGAUGGCUAUGGAGGACUCAUGCUCUCGUUCGCUUCUCUUCAUGGCUCGUUACGCUCUGCAAUCUGACGGACGAGCGCCGCGGUUUCUAAAGAAUCCUAUACAGAGUACGCUACGAAUAAGUAAUUUUCCGGUUUUCUGUGCUAAUUUCUAGAUUUACAUAGUUUUAGAGUUGUUAUUGUCGUCUUCAAUUGCUCUUUUUGUACCUGAAUUUGAAGAAUUGGAAACGGAAGCUCUAGGUUACGGUGAAUUUAGGAGAACUUGUGUUUUGGAUUCUAGUCGAUUUUGGAAGUUCUGUGGUGUUUAUGAAGAACGGUGGUUCAUGUAUAAAUUCUAGGGUUCGGGAAAUUCUCGUGGAGUUGAGCUUCUUAGGUUUUCACAUGCUUGGUAAAUUGUCUGUGGCUUGAAUAUCUCUUGAAACAACACAAGUGAAGUUUGACUUUCAGCUCGUGUUAUUGAAAGAAGUAGAGGGACAUUUGAAGUUGAACUUGAUUUUUGGUGGGAAGCUUUAAUGGCGGAAAGGUGGGAGCUCGGGUUUCCAAAGACUAGUGCUAGUAGUCUUAGAGAGCAGGCAACAAGAACAAUUCUUCGCAAUGUGAGGUCGCAAGGGCACACAUAUGUUGAGCUCCGAGAAGAUGGGAAAAAGUUCAUUUUCUUCUGUACUUUGUGUCUGGCUCCAUGUUAUAGUGAUAAGGUGCUGUUUGAUCACUUGAAGGGUAAUCUUCACAAGGACAGGUUAGCUGCUGCUAAGGUUACUCUGUUGCGACCAAACCCGUGGCCUUUUAACGAUGGUGUGGCUUUCUUUCAUAAUCCAGAUGAGACUGAUAAACAUUUGGUGAUUACAGAUGACAAUAAAUUUAGGAUGUUGGAGUCUCCUGACGAUGAAAACAAUCUUGCUAUUGUCAAGUAUGGGGAAAAUCUGAUAUCCAAUGGCAAUGAGCAUGUUGGUACUGAUGGUCUUGAAUGUAAUGGCUCUUUAGAUUUUCCGAGGGUUCGUUCAAAUUUCAAAUUUAGUUGCUCUAAUGAGAAUUCAACUGCUAAUGAAGUGAAUUCCUCUGUAGUGAUCCCUAGUGUUCUGGUUAGGGAUGAUGUUACUGACAUAGAAGCGAAGAAGGUAGGCUUGGGACAAAUUGCUGCAAGAUUCCUUGAGAAGGAUAAGGUGUCAAAAGGUAUUGGUAGAAUAUGGUGUGAAUGGUUGGGGAAAAAAGCUAUUGGCAACGAGUAUCAUUUAAAAGUUCCUGAGCACGACUUCGCUGUUGUUACCUUCUGUUACAAUAUUGAUUUAGGUAGAAAGGGGUUGCUUGAUGAUGUAAAGAUGCUUCUCUCUUCCAGUCCUUCGGUAGAAACAGAAAAUGGUGAAGGCAGCAGCAGUAAGAGAAAGAAGUCCUUUUCUGACCCUGAGGAUAUCAGUGAAUCUCUAAGUAAUCAGUAUGAUUCAUGUGGGGAAGAUUCCUCUGCAUCCAGUGGUGCAUCAUCAAAGUUGCUUUUAGACCGGUACGACGAUCAGCUUCUGCACACAAGAUUUAUUUUAAACAAGUCUAUAAGAAGAGAGUUGAGGCGGCAACAGCGUUUAGCUCUAGGGAGAAUGUGUGAUAUAUGUCAACAGAGGAUGAUUCCUGGGAAAGAUGUAUCAGCCCUCAUAAAUUUGAAGACUGGAAGGCUUGCUUGCAGUAGUCGAAAUGUGAAUGGG